UCGAGAGAUCUCGCCGGCUUCAAGAGGACCAACAAGAGGACCAACAAGAGGACCAUCAAGAGGACCACCAUCUUCGCCGGACUGCCCCUAGCUCCAGGAAUAAAUAUUCGUCAUAACUUCGAGAGAUCUCGCCGCCUUCAAGAGGACCUUCAAGAGGACAUUCAAGAGGACCUUCAGGAGGACCACCCAUCCCCUGUAACAAGGUUUUACUUAAUUAAUUCAAUUCAAAGUCCCAUUCUUUCCCUUUUUUUGAGUUUGUGAUGCUGUGUUUUUUGAGUGACUGGG